UAUAUGCACACUCACUUCCGCAUUCCAAGUCGGCCAGCCAGGUUACAUCCGGCGUCGACGGCGCACAUAGCGUCAAUAACAACUAUGGCAUUUUUCACUCGGUCCCUUCAAGAUGUCCCAAAGGUAACGGUCAACGACGUGAGUCGAAUCAUACAAAAGUUAUGUCACACUUCGACAACCAAGAAAGAGAAGGGCUUCAAAUUGUAUGUGUCAAGCUACAUCGACAAUUUUGAAGGUAAGAUCUGGACGUGUUCUGUGUUUACAUGCCCAUAGCAUGCAUGCUAUCUAGUGCUAGCGCAGCAGGUGCAGCGUAGGCUAUGUUUACUAUUAUGUGUCAAUCACAGCCAAUUUUCCUAACGCCUUUGUCAAUGUCAGUUUCAAACAAGGAUUCAAGCACAGGAGAGGUAACGAUUAGGGCUGAGUGCUACAGAUCUAUGAGGAAAAGCCAAAAGCCUCACAGCUUAAGCGUAAGAGAAAGUUAUACUGCAGGUUCAGCGCAGAUUGGUUCAUGGUUCAUGGUUCAUGAGACAGGUUACGUUUGGCAGAUCAAAGUUUCUGUGAAUCAUUGCAUCUAAUAAUGCUAAAGGUUAUUUUAAAGACAAAUUUCAUUUACCAUACCAUAAAUAACACUGGUGUGUUGGAAUAUUUAUCGAUAUUUAAAUAUGUACGCUAAUCACUGGGAUUCACAGAAACUGAGUUCCGUUUUGUCACUGCAUUGACACACGUUCUGUGUCCACUGUUGGGGAUGAUGAGUAAAGUGAGAUAAAUAAUAAUAUAAAUAAUAUUGUGGCUACAAUUUUAGCUCAUACAAAUUGUUUAGUAGUUAUUAAUUGUUUUAGUAGUUAAUAAUUAUAUGUCGAUGGUUCAAAUUUGUUUGUUUUGUUAAACAUUCUCACUGUACUCAUGUAUUCUCUUUUUAAAAAACUGCACUUUUAUUCUAUUAUAACAGAUUUGUGUAUUUUCAGAUUGUGCUUGGGGAUGCCCGUCCUGUGCAGCUACAAAGCUGCCAGUGUACCUGUGUGGCAGGUACAGCUGUGUGUAAUCAUGUGGCAGCACUGUUGUACCAGACUGCACAUUAUUGCCAGCUUAGCAUCACCUCUGUUCCCCCAACACACAGCUGCACAGAGACUGAACAGAAGUGGCAUAAGCCAAGAUCCAUGGGUGUUAAACCUGGUCUUGUAAAUGACAUGGUGAUUCUUUCAGCCAGACCCAAGGAACGAAAACUGAUGGAAGGCAUUAGGAGCAACUUGUAUAAGGGUGUCAGUUCAGCUCUGCCUGAACUUUCCACACUCAGGGUGGAUGAAGUCUACCAUGAUGUUCCAAGUGAUGUGGCUCCACUGAUAACAACUAUGGCUAUGGACAUUAAUGUUCCUCUGGUUGACUCUGCAUUUGGAAAAGUGCAAGAAGGAAGUGUGUUAUCCUAUCAUAUGCCAGCAAAAAGAGUUCCAAAAACCUGUCCCCACACAGAUGCUCCUUCUCCCCCACAGCUGCCACUUCAGGGUUACAGGCUGGGACCCGCUACCUGCUCUUUUGUCUGCACUGAACACCAGCAGCACCACAUGAUGUCCCUGGAAACAACAUUAGAGAACGCACACAAAAUUGCCAACAGCACAAAAGAGCAGAGUUCCUGCAUCGAGUGGCACCAACUGAGGCGGCCCCGCAUCACCUCCUCCAAGUUCAGAGAGGUAUGUCACACCAGGGCACAGAGCUCUGUUGAAAAUCUUGCCAAAAGACUUCUGAGACCUAGCCAUCAGACUGCCGACAUGAGGAGGGGGCUUGACAUGGAACCUGCAGCAGUAGAGGAGUACUGCAGAAUGGCUUAA